AUGAUUGAGAAUGCGCCAGUGUUAGUUGAGGCAAAAAUUAGAGAAGUUUCUUAUAUAGCCAAUGAGAAUAUUGUGGGAUCUCUCACUUCAGUCAAACGUCUUUUCUUGGACUUAUCACCCUUGGAGAUUAAGUUUCCUGCUGAUAGUAUCUUCUAUCAGCUAGUACAUCCAAAGAUGUAUACAUGUAAAGAGGAGUGGUGGAAUCUACUUACGCUCAUGCUUAAUAGCUCACCUAAACUACAAUUCCUUAAGCUCACUAAUGAAAAACGCAAGUUUAGAAAACAUGGUUUGGUCGGCCGGAGAUGGAACGAAGCAAAGAAUGUUCCUGAAUGUUUGUUGUCUCACCUAAAGAUGUUUGUGUGGACAAGAUACCGUUGGGAUUCAAGUUUCUCAACAAGACCUAUUGAUUCCAAAGAGCACAACAAGUUGGAAGAGAGAUGUAAGACGCUCAAGGAGUUAGAUGGUGUUGUUAGGGCUUCAAUUUCAUGCCACCUUGUCUUCGUCGUAGAUAGCGUAGAAUGA